AUUUCACCGUUUUCUUGAUGUGAACAGUCACAAAGUAGAGAGGACGAUAGAAGGAAUACAUGAAAAAUUGAUAGUUCAUUCUGACCUUGGAAAAGCUGCAAGCUGGAAAAGACUAACAGAAAAAUUUCUGAACUUGCCACUCCCAAGUAUUGAAGAAACAAAGACAGAUACACACUAUUCCAUACUAUCUCUUCUGUUAUGUUUGUCUGAUUCUCCAUCCAACACCACCUAUGUCGAAAAACCAAAAGUCAAAGAAGUGGAAAAGGAAGAAAAAUUCGAUUGGGGAAAGUAUCUGAUGGAAGGGGAAGAAAUUUACUUUGGUCCAGGCAUAGAUACACCAGAUUGGUCUGGAGAAAGUGAAGAGGAGGAUGACACUCAGCCUUUGAGCAGGGAGGACUCGGGUAUUCAAGUAGACAGGACACCUUUAGAAGACCACGACCCAAAUAAGAAAACAGUACCUAAUGUUUCCUGGAAAGUCGGUGAACCUGAUGCCCGCAGCUGGCUGGAGCAGCAUGUUGUUCCUCAGUACUGGACAGGAAGAGCUCCUCGCUUUUCACAUAGUUUGCACUUGCAUUCCAACCUAGCUGCAGUCUGGGACCACCACUUGUACACCAGUAAUCCUUUAUAUGUGCCAGAAGAGAGAACACUAGUCACUGAAACUCAGGUUAUACGGGAAACUCUUUGGCUACUUUCAGGAGUGAAAAAGCUUUUUAUAUUUCAGCUGAAUGAUGGAAAAGUGACUGUGCGGAAUGAUAUUAUUGUUACGCAUUUAACCCAUAAUUGCCUGAGGUCUGUAUUGGAGCAGAUAGCGGCAUAUGGUCAAGUUGUGUUUAGACUACAGAAGUUUAUUGAUGAAGUAAUGGGACACAGCCCAGAAAGCAUAAUGCAUGGAACAGUUUCAACUCCAAAGAAAACCACCGAAGCCCCGUUCAGAACCUACCAAGCUUUUAUGUGGGCCUUGUAUAAAUAUUUCAUUAGCUUUAAAGAAGAACUUACUGAAAUUGAAAAAUGCAUUAUCAACAAAGAUAAAACUGUCACACUUUCAAUAGUAAUAGAUAAAUUGUCUCCCCGACUGGCACAGCUGAAAGUACUUCACAAGGUUUUCAGCACAGGAGUAGCAGAAGUGCCACCUGACACUAGAAAUGUUGUACGAGCAUCUCAUCUGCUUAAUACUCUCUACAAAGCUAUUCUUGAAUAUGACAGUGUUGGAGAAGCAUCUGAGCAAACGGUAUCCCUUCUGUUCUCUCUCUGGGUUGAAACUGUGAGGCCAUACUUACAGACAGUGGAUGAGUGGAUAGUCCAUGGUAAUUUGUUUGAUCCUGCAAAGGAAUUUAUCAUUCAGAGAAACAAAAAUGUUCCAGUUAAUCACAGAGAUUUUUGGUAUGCUACCUACACGUUAUAUAGUGUGUCAGAGAAGACAGAGAAUGAGGAGAAGAUGAGUGAUAAUGCCAGUGCCAGUUCCGGCAGUGAUCAGGCCCCUUCAAGCAGGCAACACACUAUGGUCUCUUUUCUGAAACCUGUGCUAAAGCAAAUCAUCAUGGCUGGAAAAUCCAUGCAGCUGUUGAAGAAUCUUCAGUGCAAAGAUGGCUCUCCACAGCAGGCCGCAUCAAGAGAUGCUGAACGAAAGAGUUUGUAUACACUGUUCUUGGAAUCGGUGCAGUCUCGCCUGCGGCAUGGGGAAGAGUCUGUUCCAGAUAUUAUUACAGAACAGCAGGCCACAAAGCAGAGCCUGAUAAAGAUGCAGUCUAUAGCAGAAAGGCACUUGGAACUGGAUGAUGUCCAUGACCCACUGCUGGCUAUUAAUUUUGCCAGAUUAUAUUUGGAACAGAGUGACUUUCAUGAGAAGUUCACUGGUGGAGAUGUUUGUGUAGAUAGAUCCUCAGAAUCUGUGACCUGCCAAACUUUCGAACUGACACUGAGGUCUUGCCUUUAUCCACACAUAGACAAGCAAUACUUGGAGUGCUGUGGUAAUCUAAUGCAAACUUUAAAAAAGGAUUAUAGGCUUGUGGAAUAUUUGCAGGCAAUGAGAAACUUUUUCUUACUUGAAGCUGGAGAUACCAUGUAUGACUUCUAUACAUCUAUUUUUGACAAAAUUAGAGAAAAGGAAACUUGGCAGAAUGUUGCUUUCUUGAAUGUUCAACUUCAAGAAGCAGUUGGGCAGCGCUAUCCAGAGGACAGUGCAAGGUUGUCUAUAUCAUUUGAAAGUGUUGAUACAGCAAAGAAGAAACUCCCUGUCCACACCUUAGAUGGUUUGACAUUGAGUUACAAGGUUCCUUGGCCUGUGGAUAUAGUUAUAAGCUUAGAGUGCCAAAAAAUUUACAAUCAAGUUUUUCUGCUCUUGCUGCAAAUAAAAUGGGCCAAGUAUAGUCUAGAUGUUCUACGAUUUGAUGAACUAGUCUGUGCUGCAGAAAAUCCGCAGGUUAAGGAAGGAACUUCAUUAGAACAAGGAGCGCUUCCUCUAUUUUCACCACAGCCAGAAAGUAUAAAACAACAAAUACAUCGCAUGUUCCUCUUAAGAGUGAAACUCAUGCAUUUUGUUAACAGCCUGCACAACUACAUCAUGACUAGGAUUCUUCACAGUACAGGCUUGGAGUUUCAGCAUCAGGUAGAAGAAGCCAAAGAUUUAGAUCAGUUGAUAAAGAUACAUUACAGGUAUCUAUCUACAAUCCAUGAUCGCUGCCUACUGAGAGAAAAGGUGAGCUUUGUGAAAGAAGCUAUAAUGAAAGUGUUAAAUUUAGUACUGAUGUUUGCAGACCGUUGGCAGGCUGGUCUGGGGGCUUGGAAGAUGGAAUCCAUAGAGAAGAUGGAAUCUGAUUUUAAAAACUGUCACAUGUUUCUUGUAACUGUUCUCAACAAAGCUGUUUGUCGAGGCUCUUUUCCUCACUUGGAGUCUUUAGCUUUGUCACUGAUGGCUGGCAUGGAACAAAGUUAACACCCGAGUCCAUUGAGUUGGUAAAGAACUGAAAGCAGCAUUUAUGUUGACUUUCCUGUGUUAAAAAGCUGUAAGCGUUUUACACUCCAGUUGGAAAUGUGUAUAGCUAAAUGGCAUUGAGGGCUUGGAGCUGUGUAAAAUAGUUGAAAAUGUAAAUAAUGUACAGGUGUUCAAGUGUACUGACUGUGGCAAUGUUUUUCUCUGUAUGAAAAUGUGUCAGCAUCAAAAACCAUGUACAGUGUAAAGUUCAUCCUGUGUAAACAAUCUUACUUGAAAAUACAGAAAAUGUAUUUC